UAUUAAACUCAUGGAUGUUCAUGUUGUAUCUCCGAUAAUUAGUAAAUAGUAAGAACUAUCAGGAAAAAACAAUUAAACAAUACAUUAGAUUAUUGAAGUAAUGAAGUACAGUAUUAUAAAUUACAAUUUAUUACACUCAACAAUAAUUGCAAAGUUCCUAAUGUAGGUACUACACUACUAUAAUACACUUUGAAUAUUAUAAUUUAGAAAAGUGAAACGAAUCCUAUGUCGUCAUGAAAAUGUGUUUUGAGAAACGUUAAUACAACGUUACGCAUUGAUUUCAAAAAUAAUAACAACAAUUAUUAUUCAAUAUUCUGCAUUUUUUUCAAGGCGGUUUGUAACAGUGGGUAACGUGACUUGUUCCUACUCCGCGGCACCUAAUAUUUAUACCUACCUACAUCUACAUAAUAAUAUUAUUGCCUACUUACCCCACCUCAAAAUCGACAAUCAGAGUACCUAAUAUGUCAAAGUUUUGUUUUUUGUUAUAAUUUUACUUGAUUGUUGCGUGUUUUCCUAAAGAACCCGACUCGUCACAUACUUGCAAUGACUGGAUAUAGAAAGGAAAAACAGGGAAAGGUUCACUUGAAGAAAACCCGUCCACCAAAAAAAUCAAAAACAUCAAAUCCUUGUAACUGUUUGUCAUAUGUAAUUUCAUUUAUUCGAUUUAUCUAUGACUUUAUUGUGUCAUUAAUAUUUUACUAUGUUUAUAAAAAUACACCAUCAAAAACAUUGCCCCCAGUAGAAGAUCUAUUGGUUCUCGACAGUUGUACAACUAUUGUCAAUAAAAUUAAAAAUAAAGAAGUUACAUGUCGCCUUGUUGUUGAAUGUUUUAUCAAACGAAUUGAACAAGUGAACCCAACAUUAAAUGCUGUGGUUGACACGCGGUUUGACAAAGCUUUAGUUGAAGCAGAUGAAUAUGAUAAACUUAUUGAACUAGCUAACACAGAAGAAAAAAUUAAUUUAAUUUUUGAUGGCAAACCUUUAUUUGGAAUUCCAUUUACAUCUAAAGAAAGUACAGGAGCAAAAGGAAUGGCUUGGACUUUAGGCCUAGUAUCUAGAACUGGCAUGAAAAGCAAAGAAGAUGCAGAAGUUGUUAAAUCAUUAAAGACUGCUGGUGCAAUACUCUUAGGCGUUACAAAUGUCCCAGAAAUAAACCUAUGGUGUGAAACUAGAAAUAAAGUUUAUGGACAAACAAAUAACCCUUACAACACAAAUCAUUCAGCCGGUGGUUCUUCUGGUGGAGAAGCCAGUAUAGUAUCAGCUUGCGGUAGUCCCUUAGGUCUUGGAACAGAUAUUGGAGGAUCUGCUCGUAUACCUGCAUUCAAUUGUGGUUUAUUUGGGCAUAAGUUGACUACAGGCUUUAUAAAUACAAAAGGUAUGACAUUUAGAAAAGGUACGGAAAAACAAACCAUGGUCAGUGUAGGACCUAUAACUAAAUAUGCUGAAGAUCUAACUCCAGUAAUUAAAGCUUUCCUGGGACCGGAAAAAUCUUUGGAAUUGAAAAUUGGCCAAGAAGUUGAUUUGUCUAGUUUGAAGUAUUACUAUGUUGAUAAGCCCAAUGAUCCACGUGUUAGUCCCAUUAGCGAUGAAUUACAAAUAGUUUUAGAUCACGUUAUAGAGGAUAUAACGUCUAUCACUGAACUACCUCCGCUCAAAGUCAAAUUUUCAGGUACUCGUUAUAGCUAUAGCUUGUGGAGACAUUCUAUGACAAAGGAAGAAUCAGAUUUUUGUGCAACAUUGGGAAACAAUCAAAUUAGAGUUUCUGUAUGGUCAGAAAUCCUAAAAACAGUUGUAGGACGUUCAAAUCAUUCUUUGGCUGCAGUAUUAAAAUUAAUUGAUCUACAAUUACCAAAAGUAAAUGCAGUUUGGGCUGAUGCUGAGAUUGAAAAACUUUCAAAUGAAAUAUCGACAUUGUUGGGUGAUGAUAGCGUGUUAUUUUUCCCUUCGUCUCCAACCACAGCAAAACGUCAUUGUGAGCCAUUCUUGCAUCCCUACAAUUUCGCUUAUUGGGCUAUUUUCAACGUACUGAAGCUACCAGUCACCCAAGUGCCACUCGGUUUAGGUCUAAAUGGUUUACCAUUAGGAAUACAGGUGGUUGCUGGAAUAAAUCAAGAUCGAUUGUGUGUAGCCGUCGCAAAACACUUAGAAUUAACAUUUGGUGGAUGGAAACCUCCUUUUGCAACAAGUACCAUGAUAAAUUAAAAAUACAUUGUAGAAUUUUUGAUUAUAUUGGUUUUAUUUUUUGGUUAGAGGAAAUAUUUUUAUAUAAUGUUACACUUAUAAGUUAGUUAUUUGCUAAUUUUUGGUUACCAAUAUUAUUGUGAUAUUUAUGUGAAAUAAUACUUCUUAAUGUUGUGAUGA